AAUUAAACAUCCUUUGUAAUAAGUUUUUGUAACAGUGUUUUUGGGGGGAGGAAAAUGCAUGAGAGGAUUUCUAUGUGAUGUGGUAUGCACUAGUUGUGUGUUAAAUGACUUUUUUUUUUAAUGUGUGAAAUAGGGCAAAGUCAAAAAAUGGAGGGAGAUCUCUGAGAGAAAAACUGGACAAAAUAGGAUUAAAUUUGCCAGCCGGGAGACGUAAAGCUGCUAAUGUUACCCUACUGACAUCACUAGUCGAGGGAGAAGCCGUUCAUCUAGCCAGGGAUUUCGGCUACGUCUGUGAGACAGAAUUUCCUGCCAAAGCAGUAGCUGAAUUUCUCAACCGACAACAUUCCGAUCCAAACGAGCAAGUCACAAGAAAAAACAUGCUUCUAGCCACGAAACAGAUCUGCAAGGAAUUCACGGACCUGCUGGCUCAGGACCGCUCCCCGCUGGGCAACUCCCGGCCCAGCCCCAUCCUGGAGCCGGGCAUCCAGAGCUGCCUGACCCACUUCAACCUCAUCUCACACGGCUUUGGCAGCCCGGCGGUCUGCGCCGCCGUCACCGCCCUGCAGAACUAUCUGACCGAGGCGCUCAAGGCCAUGGACAAAAUGUACCUCAGCAACAACCCCAACAGUCACACGGACAGCGGCACCAAAGGCGGCGACAAAGAGGAGAAGCACCGGAAAUGAGGGGCCCCGCGCCCCAACUCGUCGCCCCCGGCCCGCAGAGGCCCGCAGAGCUCCUAGACUGACCCUUUCCUGCCGGAGGACUGGAGCCCCCAUCCCCUCUGGGUCCCCUCCAGCACUUCCCAGUUGCUGCCCGGGGAAAAUGAACAAGGCCGGGCGUUUUGGAACCAGCCCUGGAGGGUUUUCAGUUGGUGCGAACUUUGUUCUCCCGUGCGUGUUUUUUUUUUUAAAAACAACCAACCACAAAAGUUUUUUUUGUGAAAAAAAAAUGAUAAAGGAACUCUGUUUUUUCCUAAGAGAGAAAGAGAGAGAGAGAGAGAACUUAAAAACAAAGAAACCAAGCAACGUGGGGGAAAAAAAUAAAUAAAUCAAGAGUUUCCUCGGACUUGAAUCACCAACUCCCCUUAUACAAACUUUUCCUUUAAGAUUGUAGCCAUAUUUCCAAAAAAAAGCAAAAGAGGAAACACACACACACACAUACACACACAGACAAACACACAAAAAGAUGAUGAGGGUGACAUUUUAUCAGUAUUGUGAAUAAACUUGAACACAUAAACCACGCCCACUUCCAUGUCAUUAUCUUCUUCAGUUGUAGACUCUUUUUCUCCUGCCCGAGGUAAAGCCAACCUAUUUGAACUGUCUGAUGGUCACACCGAUUCACGGUUUCUGCUCUAAGGGAAUCAGUGUUCAUGUAUGUAUAUAUUUAUUUAUGUGUAAUUUAAUGGGAAUUGUAAAUAUGGUGAGUCUGUUGGAAGCUUUUUUUAUUUAUCUGGUGAUCUCGUUUACCUCUUGUUUAGUGGAAUUUUUUUUUUUAAAAAAAGAAAGACUUCUCCCCUCUUCUUAGUUCUUAUCACUGUGGAUUCAUGGCUACUUAUUUAGAAAUGGGGGGAGGUUUUUUGGAGGGAGGGGGUGGCAUUUUUUCUGGGGGCUCAUCAGUCCGCCCUGUUGUAGCAUGUUCUUUCUUUCUUUCUUUCUUUUAUUUUUUUUAAAGAAACGAAAAAUCCCAAUAAACUAAACCUGGAUUUUAAAGAUCUAUCAUUAGUAUGACCUUUAGUUUCUUACUGGUAAAGGAACAACUGCACAGUUGGGCCCGAAAGAGCCUUGGAGAAAAAAAGGAAGAGGUAAUCAUAACGAACUCUUAGGUGUUGUGGCUAAAAACUUGCGGGGAAAAAAAACGAACAAAAAGUUUCUAUCCAAUGUCCUUUUAUUGAAAGCCUCCAAAUCAGAGCAAUAAGUUGAUGUUGUCUACCGAGAUAAAAGAUGAGGGACCCCUCCCCCCUCCCCCCUGCUUUCCCCUUUGAGUUGUCUUUUGGUUCAAAGACCUUCCAUACCUCCUGGACCACCUGGUAUGUUCUAUUUCCACCGGCCAUAUUGGAAGCCGUUCUCGUUGUGUUUGUAUUGAGUUGUGCCGGCAGUCGUUUCCAUGCCUGUCAAUGUAUCAUAGUCUUUUGUUUCCCAGAUAAAUAAAUAUUUGAUACGCUUUA